AUGGCAGGCAAGUGUGUCCACAAAGCGUGUGGAAAGACCUUCAACGAUCCGGAAGAAGAUUGCGUGUAUCAUCCGGGUCCCCCAGUGUUCCACGAGGGGCAGAAAGGCUGGAAAUGCUGCAAGCCCCGCGUCCUGACCUUUGAGGAAUUCCUCUCCAUUCCGCCAUGCACAACCGGCAAGCAUUCUACCGUCGACGAUACACCUGCGCCCGAGCCCUCCGAGGCUAAGGAAGCCCCAGCUGCUCCUACUCCGGUCGAACAAAAGAAGUCCGAGCGGCCACCCAUCACCGCCUCCCCCACUAUCACAACUGCGGCACCGCCUGAGAAGCCUGUCAUUGAGGAACCUGAAUCGGAUGACCCUGAUGCGGAAGUCCCGACUAAUGCGACAUGCCGUCGGAAAGGUUGCGGUGCUUCCUAUACUGGAUCAACUGCCCGCGAUGAGGAGAAGUGCGUCCACCACCCCGGCCAGCCAAUCUUCCACGAGGGCAGCAAGGGGUGGUCUUGCUGCAAGCGCCGGGUCCUCGAGUUUGACGAGUUCCUGAAGAUUCCCGGUUGCACAGAGAAGACGAGACACUUGUUUGUGGGCAAGGCUAAGCCCCCGGGUGAAGAGAAAGUGGACUCAGUCAGAAAUGAUUUCUACCAAACCCCCACCGCCGUCAUCGUCUCCCUAUACUUUAAGAAAGUCGACAAGGAGCGCGCCAAGGUUGACUUUGCUACCAAUUCGAUUGUCUUUGAUCUUCCUACCACAGACAACAAGCGGUUCCAGGAUACAUAUACACUGUUUGCUCCAAUUAACCCGGAGCAGUCGACUUUCCGUAUACUGGGCACCAAGUUGGAAUUGAAUCUGGUCAAGGCUGAUGGUACCAGCUGGCCGGUGUUGCGCAGUGAUGAUAAGUGGACUGGGCAGCGCAUUCAAAUUGGUAAUGCUGGACGCGCGUGA